AUGGGUUAGUGUACUUCAAAAAAGUAAAAAAGAAUAAUCUUACACAAUUAACAUCAAUCGACAACUUCUAAUAGUUAAACUCCAAUCUAACAAAAAAAAUAAUUGGCUUUAAAUUUACAAAAUAUCCAAUCUUCCAAUCUAUAAGAGAAGAAUGAAAUUAAAGAUGAGGAGAAGGCCUCACCUCCACCUAAAUUAUAUUUUGAUGGGAAUUAACCAACGCCGCGAAAAGAGAGCAUUUUUGGAAGACCAAAAGUUGAAAGUGUUAGACUCAACUAAAAAAACUUAUACAAUCAUAAGGAAGAAGUUAUCUUUGGUAGGAAAGUUCAUCAUUCCCAUCCUCAUUUAUUAUAAUGA